AUGGCAGAAAAUGAUCUUGAUGCAAGCUUCAUACCGGCAUUGCAUAAGCCCCCGGCGCUGCUGCCUAUCGCCAAACAUAGAGAGAGCCUGCUAUACACAAUAGAGACAUAUCCGGUGACGAUAGUCAUUGGCCAAACCGGAUCCGGAAAGACGACACAGAUACCCCAGUUUCUGGAAAAGGCUGGAUGGUGCAAUGACGGCAAGAUAAUUGGCGUGACGCAGCCAAGACGCGUCGCAGCCACGACAGUUGCCUUACGCGUCGCUGAUGAGGUCGGGUGCGAGGUUGGAAAAGAGGUGGGAUACUCGAUACGUUUCGAGGAUGUCACCUCCGCGUCGACGCGUAUCAAGUUUCUCACCGACGGCCUACUUAUCCGCGAGGCGCUGGUUGACCCGCUCUUGAGCAGAUAUUCGGUGAUUAUGGUCGACGAAGCCCAUGAGCGGUCCAUCAGCACAGAUAUCUUACUUGGACUGCUAAAAAAGAUUCGCAGGAAGCGCCCCGAGCUGCGCAUCAUCAUCAGCAGCGCGACGCUAGAGGCGGAGACGUUUCUGAGAUUUUUCACCUUGAGCAGCGAGGAAGCGCCAAAAACUGACAACGAAAAUGGGACAAGCAAAGUAGGAACGGUGGUCAGCCUGGAAGGUCGGACGUUUCCGAUUGAUUUGAUGCAUCUAGAAGCACCUGCGGAAAAUUAUGUCGAAAAGGCCAUCUCCACAGUCGUGGACAUACACACCCAGGAAGGCGAGGGCGAUAUCUUGGUGUUUAUGACUGGACGAGAGGAAAUCGACUUUGCAGUACAGGCUAUUUCAGAACGCGCCACGGACCUCGAAGCCAAGUACGGAGCGUUGCAGCCGAUGCCUCUCUAUGCUGGUCUGACUACGGAAGAGCAAAUGUACGUCUUUGAUAAACCACGCGAAGGAACAAGAAAAGUGGUAUUUUCCACGAACAUUGCCGAAGCAUCAGUGACCAUCGACGGGGUUGUGUUUGUCGUCGACACGGGCUAUGUCAAGUUACGCGCCUACAAUCCCAAGACGGGUAUCGAGUCCUUAACGGCAACACCCAUAUCCAAGGCGUCUGCCGCACAGCGCGCAGGACGUGCCGGUCGAACGAAGCCCGGCAAAUGUUUUCGUCUCUACACGGAGCAAGCCUUCAACGGGCUGGCACAAAGCAACCCGCCCGAGAUUCAGCGAUCGAAUCUUGCCCCAACCAUACUCCAGCUCAAGGCUCUCGGCAUCGACAACAUCGUGCGCUUCGACUUUUUAUCGCCGCCACCCUCGCAGCUCGUCGGCAAAGCACUGGAGCUUUUGUACUCACUCGGCGCGCUGGACGAGUACGCCAAGCUGACGCGGCCGCUGGGCAUGCGUAUGGCGGAGUUGGCCGUGGAGCCGAUGAUGGCCAAGACGCUUCUGUCCGCGCCGUCGUUUGGCUGCCUCAGCGAGAUGCUCUCGAUUGCGGCCAUGACGAGUCUGGGUAGCAACGUGUGGUUCCAUCAUGAGGGCGAGCGCAAAGCCAUGGAGAGCGCGCGGCGCAAGUUUGCCGCCGAGGAGGGCGACCACCUCACGCUGCUCAACGCGUACCAGGCCUUUGUCGCGCGUGGCAAGAAAGAAGCCAAGUUUUGCCACGGUAACCACCUCAACUUUCGGGCCAUGACGCGCGCCGUGAGCAUCCGCGCGCAGCUGAAGCGGUACCUGGAGCGGUUCGGCAUCGUUGUGGACGAGACCCUGUCGCAGCCACAACAGCAAGACAGGGCCAGCAAGGCCGAGGCGAUCCUGCGGUGCCUGACGGCGGGCUACUUUGCGCACGCAGCACGGAUGCAGGCGGACGGCACGUUUCGAAACGUCGAGGGCGGCACGGUGCUGCACGCGCACCCGAGCUCGCUGCUGUUUGGGCGCAAGGCAGACUGGGUCGUCUUCCAUGAGGUCAUGGAGACGAAUGACAAGACCUACAUACGGGAGGUGAGCAAGACGGAAAAGGGUUGGCUGCUGGAGUAUGCGCCAGAAUUCUACCAGGUGACAAUCUACGCGUCCAAUGAAUUACAUGACAGCGCCUCGAUGGCUGACACCACCAUAGCUGGCUUGCGUCUCUUCCCAGAAGUUCUCUCCCGCUGCAAGUAUUCUUUGUCAGGGCUUCUUCCAAACUGGGCCAUACGGCCGGCAAGAAGAAUAUGGCCUUCAUAG